UCACUCAACCUCAUCCUCCUUUACACAUCAAACAAACGAAAAAACUUUUACUUAACGCUGACAAUAUUUUUACACACACAAAACCCAAACUUUUACUACUUCAAUUCAACCUUUUUUACUACAACAAAACUAAUUUUUAGUACAUAACACAAACCAUUGUCUUUUCUCUUUCUCUUCUCUUCAAUUCAAUUCAUCAUCCCAAAAUCGAUUACUCAGCAAAAUCGAUUAUUCAGCAAAUAAGCAAUAAUGUAUCUAUCAUCAGAAAAGCCUCGUCCAAUCGAUUUCUACAAAGAAGAAGCAAGAGACAUGAUGAUGGAAGUUGUAACCAACGCCGAUCUUCCACCACCACCACAUCCACCACCACCGCAACCGCAACAACAACACCAUCACCAUCAACUCCAACAAGCACCACCGCCACAAAUGAUUCUAACUGCAGAAAGUAGCGGUGAAGAUCCUGAGAUGGAGAUCAAAGCUCCUAAAAAACGAGCUGAAACUUGGGUACAAGAUGAGACACGAAGUCUGAUUGGUUUAAGAAGAGAGAUGGAUUCACUUUUCAAUACUUCGAAAUCGAAUAAGCAUCUUUGGGAACAAAUUUCGGCGAAGAUGAGAGAAAAGGGUUUUGAUCGGUCACCGACUAUGUGUACUGAUAAAUGGAGGAAUCUUUUGAAAGAGUUUAAGAAAGCUAAACAUCAUCAAGAUAGAGGUGGAAGUGGUUCUGGGAAAAUGAGUUGUUAUAAAGAGAUUGAUGAGAUCUUAAGAGAGAGGAGUAAGUGUGCUCAGUAUAAGAGUCUUACUCCUUCUUCUAAAGUUGAAUCUUCUUACAUGCACUUUGCUGAUAAAGGUAUUGAUGAUGCCAACAUUUCUUUUGGGCCUGUUGAAGCUUCUGGAAGACCAACACUCAAUCUUGAAAGAAGUUUGGAUCAUGAUGGACACCCUCUUGCCAUUGCCGCAGCUGAAGUUGCAGCAAGUGGAGUCCCUCCUUGGAAUUGGAGAGAAACUCCCGGAAAUGGUGGGGAAACUCAGUCUUGCUGUGGAAGGGUUAUAUCAGUCAAAUGGGGCGAUUAUACAAGACGAAUAGGUAUUGAUGGCACUCCCGAAGCCAUCAAGGAGGCAAUUAGGGCUGCUUUUAGGUUGAGAACUAAACGUGCAUUCUGGUUGGAGGAUGAGGAACAAAUUAUCAGAAGCAUUGACCGUGACAUGCCUAUUGGAAAUUACACUCUUCACCUUGAUGAAGGAAUGGCCAUUAAAGUAUGCCUAUAUGAUGAGUCUGACCGUAUCCCUGUGCAUACUGAAGAGAAGAUAUUUUACACCGAAGAUGAUUACCGUGAGUUUCUGGCACGUCGGGCUUGGACAUGUCUACGAGAUCUUGACGGUUAUAGAAAUAUUGACAAUAUGGAUGAUCUUCGACCUGGUGCCAUAUACCGAGGUGUAAGUUGAGAGCAGGUGCAUGGUAUAAUCAAUCUUCAGCUGUUUGCAUCAAAUGUCUAGAGAAGUGGAGAGAACUGUCAGGAUCUUGGAUGAUAUAUAUGUGCAGCUUUCACCUGAAACUGUAUUUGUUUAGUUUGACAAUGCUGUUUAUAAUCAGUCUAUAAUAGGAGAAUGAACAAGUCGCUUUGCCCUAUGUAAAUAUGCAUUGGGCAGUGAGAAAAGAUUAUCGUCAAAGAUAUUCUACAGGAUAAUUUUCAA